CAGUGAGGAAACCACGAAACAUACAUGUAUCUCGCCUGUACAAAUACUUUUGCAGUCAUUGUAUGUUAACACAUACAUAAAAACAACAUCGCAGCAACAACACAGACAGGUAGCUAUCAGGGUUGCAUUACACCCUUUGGUACCUCUGAAGAAAACACCCGUGAAAAUCUCAAAAUUACUAGAAAACUCUGAGUCAUCAGAGAAUGAUGACAUGGAUAUAAAUAUAUGUAGUAGAGUAAAACCUACUUUCGACAAACAUGAAGUCUCUGCUGCCGUUAAAGAGGUAAAUGGUGGACGUGACCUUUCAAAUAAACAUUGGGAAGAGAGUUUCUUCAGAAAUCUUAAAAAAAUAAUGCAAUGUGAGAAAGACAUAUCUCAAAAUUCUUCCAAAUAUGAUAAUAUAAAAAUAAAUCAACCUAAGGAUUUAAUUAUGAAUGAAAACCCAAUAAGGAAAAAAGACGAAUUAGAAACGAUGCAUGAAAUCACAUUCAGUGGAUGUAUGGACACUGAUAAAUGCCAUGUGGAAUCAGUUCCUCUUCGUGAAGAUCCUGAAAUCUGUGUUCACCCUUUACAAAUGGGAAUAGAUGAAAAACAAUUUAAAAAUAUAGAUUUUUCUGUACCACGAAUUGGUAAGAAGAUAAAAGUGACACCACAAGAGCAUUUUCUUGAAGCGACUGAUGAUGCUUCCUUUAAUUUUGUAAAGAAGAAAGACAACAAGGAUAUUGUUAGCACAGAAUAACGAACAGAAAUAAGCUUCAAAUAUAAAAGCUGUACACAUCGACUUUUUUAUCUCGGCACAUGGUAGAGGAUUCCAUAAACGGAUUCUCUGUAACAUCUAAAAGCUGUAAUCGCAGAUAUGUGAUGGUCACUGGUAAAUACGACAAACGGU